AUGGAUUAAAAUAUCAAAAUUAUGAAAAAUAACUAUCUAAUUGAUAGAGAUUAUUCAACUCAACAACACAAUCCUUUAAACGAUAUUACUAAUAUUUAAAUUAAAUAUAUCAAAAGUUUGCAAUAAAGUUUGCAAAACUCAAAACUCUCUAAAUGUUCUUCAAAUAAUAAUAACAAAUAACAAGAAGGUUCUCCUAUUGAACUCUUUAACGACCAGAACAUUCUAGACAGUCUAGAUAAUAUUAAGGUAUUUGAUCCUUAACAACAUCCUGAUCAUCCAUCAGAUUCUACUAACAAUUAUAACUCCAUGGAUUUAUCAUAAGCAAGAAUGUCCACUAUCUAAGAAAACGAAAAUGAAGAGGAUGAAUGUGUUUAUUAAAUAGUUGAAAAUCAUUAACAGCAGGCUAGAAUCGAAAAUACUAAGAAAUAGAAGGAUCAACUCAAAAUUAAAUAAUGCAAAAGCAAGACAUUAUAUUAUUGA